CGUUCCUCUUCCUGCACAGUGAGGUGGCGCUGCCCCUCAUGAGGCGCACCAGCGACCUCGCGACAGCCUAUCAGUACUUCGAGGAGGCCGACAGGCUGCACGUCUCCGUGCACGCCCGUCACUCCCCCGAGGCGAUCUACAACAUGGCGUGCUGCCUGUCUCUGGGCGCCGCGGCGGCCGCGGCUGCCGCGCACGGCGGCCCAGCCGUCGACCCCGCGCCUGGCUUGCCGCCUUGCGACACGCCUGCUGCCAGGCGGAAGCUGCUGGCCCACGACCUGGUGGAGGCAAGGCUGGACCUCGCGGUGGGCAUGCUGCAGCUGGCGCUUGGCGCUGGCUACGCCUCGGCAGCCAACCUGGGUUUCGACCUGGACCUCGCAUUCCUGCGGCAGAGGCGGACCGCCCAGCUCGCAAGCUUGAUGCGUUCGCUGGGCGAGACUGCCGCUGUGGGGCCGCCUCGGCUCCGCGUCGUCAUGAGCGCCACUGCUCCGCCUUGCGCGAUGGUGCCGUCGGUGCCAGUGCCGCCCUCGCCAGCAGUCCUGUCGCUGCCAGGAGCGCCGCGGGCAGUGUAGCAUGAGUUGGCAGCAGUAGCUCAUGGCCCAGCUGCCGCAUCCGUGGCCCAGAAGGCGGCCGUGGCCCAAGAGCGGUUGUUUCAGUCCCUCUGUUUGCCCACGCGUGUGUGUGUGUGUGUGUGCCUCUACUUCCACUCUCUCUCAUUGUACAUUGCUCUCUACUCCUCCAUGCUUGCGCCGUGCAGAUGCAAGGCCUCGAAGUGCAGCACCACGACGCUUCCAGCCCGGAUGCGUACGCAGUGGGGCAGGCCAAGGUGCUUGCUCUGAAUCGCUAGCCAGCUUCAGUGCGCAGCACUGCUGGACACAAGCCUGAAACCGAAACAAAUCGCCCCCCCACCUCCUCGCACGGUUUGCGCUGCGCUUGCUGUUUCUCACAUUCCCUAUCCGCCAUUCUGGCACAUCGCGACCCAUGCAGCUGACCGUCACUGACUCGGGCUUGGCGCGUGGGUUUGCCCUUCAGCGUAUAUCGCAGUCUUGCGCACCUUGCCGAAGCACCCCGACGGCGCCCGACGAG